AUGUCCGCUCCAGCCUACUCCACCCUCACAGACAAUAUCACCGGCGCGGCGUCGGCUGCUUCCCAGACAAUCGCCAACCUCGCCAAACUGUAUACCGUGCAUGAUAUCGCCAAGACUGGAUUCAGCGAGGGAACGAACGACCUUUAUAACGCUGCUCGGCCCAGUUACCCAGCUGAUGCACUCAAGAUCAUCCACGAUACCCUCGCGCCCACCCCACGUGCUCUCAAGAUCAUUGAGCCCGGAAGUGGCACUGGCAUCUUCUCGCGCCUCCUUCUGCGCGCGCCCUCACCGAAGUACCCCGCGUUCGAUAUCGACACGCUUGUAGGUGUCGAACCGAGCGAGGGCAUGCGAAAUUCUUGGUGGCGCGCACUGGAGAAAGAAGGGCUGGGCAAGAGGCAAGAGCUGGAAGGUGGACAGGCCGUGGAGGCGCGGAAAGCUGGGGCGGUUGAUGGCGGCUUUGACGCCCUUGGCAAAGUGAAAGAGUACGGUUUGACAAAUGUGCAAGAAGGAGGUGGGGUCGAUGGGCGCGAAAUUGCCUCUUUCCUGCCCCCCGGAGCUCCUCUUAUCCUCAUCUGGAAUAUUGAGUCGCAGUCUCCAAACUGGCAGGGCCUCCUUCGAAAGACCUACGAGCCGUUGGACCUCGGCUCCCCACAAUAUUACAAGGGCCUGUGGCGAAAAAUGUUUGAGAAUCCGGCAUACGGAGAACUGUUUGAGGCGCAGGAGGAGAAGCAGGUAGGAUGGAGUGCGGAAAUCACAGAGCAGGGGGUGAUAGAUAGGCUUUUGAGCAAGAGUUAUCUGACCGAGCAGCACUUGAAGGGCGCGGAGAGGGAAAAGCUUGUUGAUUCACUGCGAAGAAUCAUUCAUGAAGGGGAUAAAGACUGGGUUGACCAAGAGAAUGGGGUGUUUAAGUACAACUACAACACUGACGUGGUUAUCUGUCGACGAAAGGCGUAA